UAUAUAAAGCUAUAUAGAGAGCUCAACUCAAUCAUAGUUCAUUCCCAAUAUAUUAAUAUAUAUGUAUAUGAUAUAUCUAAGUGAUAAUAAUAAACAAAAAUGUACUUGAAGCCCCAAGUUCAAGAAUCACAGUCAGCCCAAACCCUUCUCUACUCGUUGUCGAAGCCAUGCAUCCAUGGCGGCCAUGGGGGGAAUAAUAUUUCUUCGUUUCCAGUCUGUAUAAGGCCAUCCAUUAUAUUGCCUUAUAAUAAUAAUGAUAAGAAGAAGAAGCACAGAAAGGUUGGCCUUGGUUUCAUUUCUGGCAACGUAUUAAGAGCUGUUUCAAAAGAUAAUAAUGACUACAUCAACGUCGCUGUCCAGAAGUCCAUUAGGGUUAAAGUUGUUGUGACCGUUCACUCUACUGUGGGGGGCAUUUUGUCUAACCUUGGUUUGAACCGAGGACUCGAUGAUACUCAAGAUUUGCUCGGCAAAACACUCCUUCUUCAGCUUGUUAGCUCUCAUCUUGAUCCUGACACUGGAUUAGAGAAGACAACAAUUAACAGGUAUGCACAUAGAACUGGCCUAUGGAAUAACGAAGGGCUUCAAUACGAAGCAGAUUUGAAUGUUUCGAUGGAUUUUGGAAUGGUUGGUGCGAUUCUGGUCGAGAAUGAGCAUCACAAAGAAAUGUUCAUAAAGAACAUUGUUAUUGAGGGUUUUCCUGAUGGUCCUGUUAAUGUUAACUGUAAUUCUUGGGUACAUUCUAAGUUCGACAAUCGUCAAAAGAGAAUCUUCUUCAUAAAUAAGUCAUAUUUGCCAUCUCAAACCCCAAGUGGGCUAAGGAGGUUAAGAGAAGAAGAAUUGGAGAGCCUAAGAGGGAAUGGGAAAGGAGAACGGAAAAGCUUCGAAAGGGUUUAUGAUUACGAUGUAUACAAUGAUCUUGGUAAUCCUGAUAAGAGUGACGAUCUCAAAAGACCUGUUCUUGGUGGUAAAGAUCGUCCUUAUCCAAGACGUUGUAGGACCGGGCGUCCUCGCACUAAGAAAGAUCCAUUGUCGGAGCAAACGAGCAGAAGUGUAUAUGUCCCUCGAGACGAAGCCUUCUCAGAAAUAAAGCAACUGACAUUUCAAGCAAAGACAAUAUAUUCAGGGCUACAUGCGUUGGUGCCUUCUCUCCAAACAAUCUUAACUGAUUCUUCACUUGGUUUCCCUUACUUUAGGGCUAUAGAUUCUCUCUUCGACGAUGGUCUCAAACUACCUCCCACUACGAACAAGGGACUUCUCAAGAAUAUUCUACCUCGACUAGUCAAGACUGUCUCUGAUGCAAAUGAGGCUUUGCAAUUUGAGAUCCCAGAACCAAUGGAUAGGGACAAAUUCUUUUGGUUUAGGGAUGAGGAAUUUGGUAGACAGACACUUGCAGGUCUCAAUCCAUAUAGCAUUCAAUUAGUCAAGGAAUGGCCACUGAAGAGUAAACUUGAUCCUGAGAUCUAUGGUCCACCAGAAUCAGCAAUCACCACAGAACUGAUUGAGCGUGAAAUAAAAGGAUUCAUGACUGUUGAUGAGGCUAUAAGAGAAAAGAAAUUGUUUAUUUUAGAUUACCAUGAUUUGCUAUUACCAUAUGUAAAGAAAGUAAGAGAAAUCAAAGGAACAACAUUAUAUGGAUCGAGAACGUUGUUUUUUCUAACUUUGGAAGGAACACUAAGGCCAUUGGCCAUUGAGUUGACUCGACCACCAAUGGAUGGAAAGCCACAGUGGAAGGAAGUCUUCUCUCCUUCUUGGCAUGCCACUGGUGUCUGGCUAUGGAGGUUUGCCAAAGCUCAUGCCCUUGCUCACGAUUCUGGUUAUCACCAACUCGUUAGUCACUGGCUAAGAACACAUUGUGCCACUGAGCCAUAUAUAAUAGCAACAUACAGGCAGCUUAGUGCAAUGCACCCAAUUUAUAGAUUGAUACACCCACAUUUUCGAUUCACAAUGGAGAUUAAUGCUCUUGCUCGAGAGGCACUAGUAAAUGCUGGAGGCAUCAUUGAAUCUUCAUUCUCUCCUGGAAAAUAUGCCAAUGAGCUAUGUGCUGAUGCUUAUGACAAGCAAUGGCGAUUUGAUCAAGAAGCCUUGCCAGCUGAUCUUAUCAAGAGGGGAAUGGCUGUGGAGGAUCCAAGCGCUCCGCAUGGUCUAAAAUUAACAAUCGAAGACUACCCUUUUGCCAACGAUGGUCUAGCUCUUUGGGAUAUAAUCAAACAAUGGGUCACUGACUAUGUCAACUAUUACUAUCCUGAACCAACCCUAGUUGAGUCUGAUCAAGAGCUCCAAUCAUGGUGGACAGAAAUCAGAACCGUAGGUCAUGGAGACAAAAAGGACGAGCCAUGGUGGCCAGUCUUGAAGACGCCAAACGACUUAAUAGGGAUCAUAACGACAAUUGUUUGGGUGACUUCUGGCCACCAUGCAGCCGUAAACUUUGGACAAUAUACGUACGCAGGAUAUUUCCCUAAUAGGCCAACAAUUGCUAGAACCAACAUGCCAACAGAGGAUGCUAGCGAAGAAUAUUUGGAGAAAUUUUGGGCUAAGCCGGAGGAAGCACUCAUGCAGUGCUUUCCUUCGCAGAUUCAGGCAACGACAAUAAUGGCAGUGCUGGAUAUACUGUCGAAUCAUUCGCCGGAUGAGGAGUAUCUUGGGGAGAAGAUAGAGCCUUCGUGGGAAGAAAAUGAUGUUAUUAAAGCGGCUUUUGAGAGAUUCAAUGGGAGGUUAAAAGAGUUGGAAGGGAUUAUUGAUGAAAGAAACACCAACAAGAAUUUGAGGAAUAGGUGUGGAGUUGGGGUUGUGCCUUAUCAGCUUUUGAAACCCUUUUCGGAGCCUGGUGUCACUAGCAAAGGUGUUCCAUAUAGUAUUUCCAUUUGAGUUGCGAACACGAAUAAUGAUGUGAUAUUUCUACUCUAUAAUGAACUCUUUAAAAUGAAAUGGUAUGUGAGCUUUGUGAUGAUAUUUCUAAUAAAUAAAAGGGAAGAAUUUGUACAA